CACCCUAUUGGUGAAAUGUGGUAGAAAAAGUGGUUCGAUUGUCUUGAGCAGCAUUUUUUUUUCCCUCUAUUUAUAAGGGAAUAGAUCCAGCCAGUAUUGUUUUCUAUGAUGUGAUUUAUACGCUUGUAACCACAGCAUAAGUUAUUUACUAAGCAACGCUGCAUAAACAUGUAAAACAGAAAUAAUCAACUGAGAAACUUGGCCAAUAUGAAUCCUUCCAUGUUGACAGAUAGAUACGAAACAUCACAUUCUUUUUUAAAGAACAUAUAUAUAAGUUACUCUCCCUCACUCACUCUCUCUCUUUUUUUUUUUUUCUUCUCAGUAUUUACACCAUAUGUCAUUUAUGAACAUUCCUCAAACAGAUCAACUCAAUGCUUAUCCUCAUCGUAACAGCAUAUCUUCUAGUACAUCUUCCAAGUCACCUUCUCCAUUAAAUCAAGGCUGGGACAGUCAAGAAGAAAGUCCAAAGAACACGACACGGAAAAGUACAAGUACAUUUAUCAGUAAAUUAUUCAAUAUGACCAAUGACACCUGUAAUCAACACUUGAUAUCCUGGAAUAUCAAUGGCACUUCAUUCCUUGUGUAUAAUGUGCCUCGGUUCUCUCAAGAAGUAUUGCCUGGCUAUUUUAAACAUUCCAACUUUUCAAGCUUUGUACGACAAUUGAACAUGUAUGGAUUUCAUAAAGUCAACAAGACACCCCGAGGUCAACGCACCAAUAAUGAAACCGAAAUCUGGGAGUUUUCUCAUCCAAAAUUUCAAUACAAUCGACCUGAUUUGUUAGAAGACAUCAAGAGAAAAGUGAUGGAUUCAGAACUGUUACGCCGAGAAGCAGGCGAUAUACAUGCUUCAUUUGCCAUGGUUCAAUUAUCUCAAGCAGAAACACUGCAACAGUUUCGAAUACUUCAAGAUAAUUUCAAUCGUCUUGUUCAAGAAUUAGAAGACAUGAAAAAAGUUCAAUCACAACAACAAGCAUUGAUAAAAAAACUGAUUGCUCAACAAGAUUCAUCUCAUAUGUAUGAACAAUUCAUGAAACAAGACAUGAUAUCUGCUGGUCUUUAUCCUGGUCAAACAAAUCCUUUAGCAUUGCCUGCAAGAGCCAUUCCUCCUAGUCCUGCAUCAAGUAUUCUUUUAUCUUCACCACCUACUUGUCUAGAAGAACUGAAUGAACCAAGACUUUUAGAUAAUCGCAUGUCAUUCAACAAAGAAUGGCGUUCAUAAUAGUAGUGUUAUACCUGUAUAUUUUUAUUAAAAUAAUCAUCCAUGCAUCAUGCUAACGAC